GCGCUUGACUUCAUGAUCAACCAUGUCUUUCUCCCCCCUCAACUGCCGCAAGAGGACGACUCAGAAGCUGGAUACCUGAAUACCACCAUUCGAGCCUUUCGCGAUUCCGUUGAAUGCUUCCUGUCGGCAGAGCCUAGUUCCGCUCCCUCUGUCCGGCCUGCGGUUGACAUGCUCGACCGGCUCCUGAGCACCGAGACUCGUGGCAUGCACCAUGUGAUUUCCGACUUGAAGAACGGUGGCAUCGCCCUUUUCCACCUCCGCGCCCAGAACGCCGGCCUACUCGUCACUGCCCGACAAGAUGACGUUCUCUUCGAAGCCUUUGAGCUCCUCGCCCCAAACGACAAGGUCAUGUCCUGCCUGGGCGCCCUCCUCCGCGAGUUCCCCGACCGCGCCGCGGUCAUCACCUACGCCCGGCUCCAAGACCCCGACUUCCUCAGCGAACUCGCCAACUUCAUCCAGACUCUCACCGCCAGCAACGUUCCCGUGGCCCGCCCCAAAAUCAAAAAAGCAAAAACCUUCCAGCCCGAGGAGCGAGAUACCGUCUCCCCGCUGCUCGUGAACGGCAUGCUGAUCGACCUGCUCUCUGGCCUCGGUGAGAGCGUCGCCCCCUUGAGCCGCGUCACCAAACGCAGCCGCGAGCAUGUCGGUUGGAGCAGCGCCCUCCUGCCGUUUCAUCGCUGCGCGACAUGGUUGCUUCUCCGCGUUGCGCUGCGUCUUGUUCUCGACAGAGCGGCGGCUGCUGGCGUAGGUGGAGAGACGUCGUGGUACAAACCGCUGAUGGCGUUCCACCUCGCCCGUCUCUUGGACAUGGCUGCGAAGGCGAAAGAUCCCCCGGUACCCAAUGACAGGCUGUUUGUCAUGCAGGCCAAGGUCGUUCGGCGUGUGGUCAAAUUGGAUCCUGCCGUGGAGACAGGCUGGGUGAAGGAGGUGAGGGUGGCGGUGGAACGGGCUAAGAAAGUGAUAGAGAGGCGUUGGAAGACGGUGCGGGACAAUAACUCCAAGGUGCUUCCUCUGGAGAAGCUCGCCAACCUCUCUUUCGAGAAAGAUACCGCGCUCAAGCUGCCCAGUUUCCGCAAACACCUGGCCUGGAUCAAGUCUCGGUCUGCUGGCGCCGCUGACCCCAUGGGCCCGGGGGACACCACGCACUUCCGCCCGCUGCCACAUUCCGAGCUGCCCAGACUGGACGCCGCUCCCAUCGAUUCAGUGAUGGAUCGAUCUGAGCUUCUCGAGUUUGAAGCAUGGGUUGAGUUUGCGCUCCCCGCUUGGAUCGAAGCCCAGUUUUGUCUCCCUCUCGGCGACGCUUGCGGGUCUGAGUUUGCCGUGCUGGCCGUGGAGAAGCUGCAAACCCUUAUUCAGGUGUAUCGCAAGCGAGCGGUCAAAACUUACAAUGGCAUCCCUGACGCCCUGUCCGCCAUGUACCUGAUCCUGAUGGAGCUCUGGGUUGCCAUGGACAAGAUCGCGGGCAACGCCAUACCCCUGCUGCUCGACUACGACCCAGGCUUUCCGCUCGACAUGUUGCAUCCGUUGUUGCUUGAGCGGAAGAAGGACAUGGAGCGUCUCGUUGCUCUCGAGACGUAUGUCUCCCAUCGGCGGAAACAAGCCGCGGGGCAGUAUCUCACAGCCUUUGGAGGAUUCGGUCAUGACCAAUCCUUUGCAGUUCGCUUUUUCAAAACCUCAACUCAGCAUCAGAGGCUCAAGCACGAGAUUGUGGCCUGGGCAGGAGAGAUGAAAACCAAAAAGCUGCAACACUACGAGGACAAAAGGACAGAGCAUGAGGCCCUGGCCCAGGCUCGCCGCGCCUACCCGGCCUGCGAAGAGGUGUGGGAUUCAUGGGAGGAGUGUUACAGACAUUCCUCCAGCUGUGAGCGCUGCCGUUUGGACAGAGCAAUGAAGGCGAUCAGCAUCGAGAUCUUCGAGUGGCCGAUGCCCACAAAUCCCAGGCACGCCGACGCCGUGGUCGUGGAGAUCAGCAUUCCCCCGCUCGUCGAGCUCUGGCGAGAGGUGACGUGGGAGCUGGUCACAGACGUCUUUCGAGAUGAAAAACGCGACGGCCACGGUCGAGGCGAGAAGCACCUCUACUUUGCCAAGAGCCACAGCGGCCGAGAGGACCGGUCGUACGCCGGGGGGAACUUCCAUCCAGCAUCGACGGUGAAGCCCAUGAAUGUCGCACAUUAUGGCAAGGGCACCCACAUCCUCGACGCAAAGCCUGACAACAUUUGCGUUCCCCACGCCGCGCAUUAUGAGUAUUACGACGGGCCCUCGCGGCGCCCCGCUGCUGGCCAGAUCGACGGUGCCUGCCUCCCGCGCAAUUGCUCAUAUGCCGGGUUCGUGGAGGAUCUGGCAGACGUGGCUGACUGGGUUCGUUAUACCCGACACACCUCGAACGAGGUCGUCGCGGCCCAGCAUCGGUGCCCGCUCAACAUCACGCUCGACGAGUUCCGGGCCUUUGGGAACCUCCGCGCCGGCGUGCCUUUGCAGUGGGCAAACGUCCUCUGUCAGCUCGUCAUGCCGGCGGUUGACUUCAAUAAGAAAUCGACCUUUGCGUUGACCAUGCAGGCGUGCCUCGAGGCAGGGCCAGUCGAUGCCAAGGUCGCCGGCUCCCUUUGGAGGGAUGCCCAUGGUGACACCCAGGACGAGAUCUUCAUGAACCAGAUGCUCCAGGCUCUGGAUGAGGCCCUUGAGCGGAUCCGCGAGAGUUGGCAGAACGACACCGCCCUCUGCUUGCUGACCUGUCUGGCCACGAGGUUGCUUUCCGUGUCUCCUUCACCCGGAAUCUCGGACGGACUGCUGAAGUAUCUCACGAAGCUGCGAGAGGCAUCGAUCACAUGGUCAAGGCAACUCCUGGAAAAGCUCAACGCCAGCAACGAGCAUGAAAAGAGGCAAGAAUGGGCUCGGCGGCUUCUCAUGGCAGCGUUAAUCUGCGUUGCGACUUUCAACAUGGGAGAGGUUCAUCUGGCGUCAGUUCUCAGCUCGCCCCAUGAGCUUUCUGUCCUGGUCGAGGCAACAGUGCUUGCUCGAAAUCACAUCCCAUCCUCUGGGAGACCCUCCGAUCCCAUCACGCUGCAGCUCGUGCACCGUUGGCACAUAGUCAUGUACAAAGCACGCGCCAGUCUAGCCAAUGAAACGAUGGACAGUGACCACAGUGGACUGGACGACGCCAUCAAGCGGCUUUGGGUUGGGUAUUUACCCCCGCCUGCCGCAUGGACACCGCGCUCUCAGGAAUCCCAACAACAUAUCCUGGAGCGUGGGAUCGUCUCCUUCAAUCUCCUCACCGGCUAUCUCUUCGUCGACGGCCACCCCCUCACGAAGCUGCCGCUGGCCUAUCAACAGCACAGUACCUUCCGAGAGCUUUUCGGGGAACAGAUCUUGGAUGUCGGGCCUUCGAGCGUCCCUGGGAUGCAGUUCUCAGCGUGCCAGGAUCUACAGGGAUGGGUCGUCUACUUUGCGAUGAAGGACGGCAGGUUGGUGGUGCGCUCUGUCCGGAAUCGAUCGCCUGACGCCAUCACACACGACGACACGGAAUGGGAGUACAUCCCGCAAGACCAUUUUUCAGAAGACUUGCCGGAUUCGUUCGUCUACAACUUUGCCCAUUGGCUCAACCUCUCGACCAACGAAGUUGAGUUUCGUCCUCUCGCUCAGAAGUGGGGAACCUCGCCGGAGAACUGGUGCCUUACCCGCGUACCCGGCAAGGACGUGUUGAGGAAGGGCUCUCAAUUUGUCAUCGAACCGUCCAGUUCCACAACUUUGCUCCUCCACCAGAUUCUGGGCGCUGUUGCGCCGCGUUUCGGCAUGGACCCCAUCUUUGAUCCAGAGACCAAGUCUUUGUCCGUUGAACUCCCCAUGCUGAGUCUCUACUUUUCUGCCCGGCAAGGGGACGCCGUCUUGAGGUCCAAGAACUACGCCGGCAUGGAGCUCGACGAGAACCAGGGAAUCGACACUCUUAUCGGGCUGUCCAACAAGCUGGUGCUGAAACCAAGCAGCCAUGCAGGCUUCAGAGAAGUCCUCGUCCCACGAGGCGACAUAUCCGUCGUCCGGACCAAACCCAGCGGUCAUGUUCGCCUCUCCAGCCUCGGGCUAGACGGACGUGCCUUCAUCCGCCACAACGCCUUCACCGUCAACGACACGCUCGGCCAGCUGACCGACGCCGGCUCCCUCCAGAGCAAGCUGCACCUCUGCUACCUGCACGCGCUCACCUCGCACUGCCUGCCCGACCCUCUUACCCACCGCACCGGCACCGACGAGGCCCUGAGAAUCCUCGGGGGGGCCGCGGUAAAGUCCUACCCGGCCCUUGGUGAAGAGUCUCGGGAGCUCCUCGCGCAUAUCGCCGCCCUCUCCCCCCGACGGACAUACUACCCCAGUCAUAUUCGGGCCAUGGAACAAGCGGAGUGGAACGCGAACCUCCCCACCCUAUCGCAGCACGAGGGUUUCUGGCCCCUUGCCAAAGCCGUCCACGAGCAUUACCACACCUCUGAGAAGCUCUUCCGGGCGGUAGGGAGCGACGGAGGCAUGGCGCUCGUUCCCAAGGUUUUGGCAAAGACAGGUAAGACACGCUCGCCCGACUUGGCAGAGCGGGCGAGGAUCCGCAACGCCGCGUUUUGCGUGGCAGAGUUCGGCGCCGAGGGGCACACGACGGCUAAAGAUGAGUGGUACCACCCCAGUCAGGAGAGGGCAAACAACGGUUCCGCUCAGGCCAGGGAGUGGGUUGCCUACCUGGCUAGGUGCGUCGACGGGGGCACAGAGCGGCUUCUUUUCAGUCCUUCCAUUCAGGGGCACACCAUUUCCAGCGCCAACGGUAACGAGUUCCGAGGGGUUGAGUCGGUCAGCUUGGCAUUCAACCUGACCAACUUUGAGCCCCUGUCGUCGACCAUCAACGAGCGCUGGUGUGGACUGCACAGGGCGCUGGUUGGGGAGAAUAACAAGUUCAGGAAGAUCUUCUUUCUGUCCAGCCUCCUUUACGCGGAGCAGUCGGAUCGGGAGAUUGUUCAGGCUUUGAUGGCGAUUGCCACGAUGUCGGCCCUCUCUCGAGCAGACAUGUUGCCACCAUCAGACGAGCAAUUCAAUUUGUGCAUCAAUAGAUCGACCUUGUCACGCGACCUGCACAACAUCGUCCGCAAUGGCUCGAAACGGCAACAAGAGUGCCCAGAAUGGCAGUGGGAAAGGGGCUCACGGGAGUCGCCUAGGAAUUUCCGAAGCAGGCGAGAUCGAGGAUGGUCAUCUAAGCGGACCGAGAUGAAGGAGAAGUUCGUCUCUGCGCUGAUGCGCCAGAUUCAGUACUCGUGGACGAUCAGCGUUCCAACCGACCACGCCUACAACACCCAUCUCAAUGUCGACACGAUCAUGCUCCGGGCACGAGAGAAAGUUGAAAUGGCACGAAGGACCGAGGCCUUCGAUCGGUAUCUGGAUUCGGUGAUGAAUCAUCUCAGACAGGCAGCGGUCACCGAGCACAGCAACCUGCUCGUGUCGCCAACUCUCAGCACAAUCCAACCACGUUCAAGACUCGGUUUCAUCUCUGCUAUGUCGCUAUUCGUGCAACAAGCACCGUUUUCGGAGAGCCCACAUCUUGAACUCCUCCCCGAGUUGUGUACUGAAUCUCAGGCGGCAGAGCAGUCGCACGCUCACCUGGCCGCCCUCGUGGGCGAGCUUCAGAUCGCUGGCGAUCUCCAGGACCACCAGAGAAGCUACAUCAAGGAGCUUCGCCACAGCAUGGCCAGCCCGGGGCCCCCUCGACGCCGCAUGGUUGUCCAGCCAGACGACCCGACAAUCCGCCCAACUCUCGAGCAGCAUCUCCAAGCAGCGCGAACGGAGCACAACGUCAUCAACACCCGCGUCAACCUCGCCGCAACAGGCACCUCCCUCGCUCACCAGCUCAGCAAAACCGCCACCCUCUACCCCCGGCUCUCCCCCGUCUUCUUCCUCCAGCGCCUCACCCGCACCUUCUGGCCCAGCCUGCCGCCGCUCUGGCGUCAAUCCCUUGUCAAUCUCGCCCUCGCCCUCAUCCACCUCCAACGGGCCUCCCGCCUGGCCAGCCACGCCCGCGACCUCCCCGCCCGCUGGAGCGACCUGCAACACGAGCUGUCCAACCCCGGCGACCACGCCAACCCCUCGUGGGACCCGCUCGUCUACCCCGAAGGCCUGUUAUUGGAGAUCGAGCAGGAUAUCCUGAUCCGUCCGGUGCAGAACGCCAUCGCGGCCGAGAUGCGCUCCCCGCCGAACGGAAAGAACGCGGUCAUGCAGCUCAACAUGGGCGAGGGCAAGUCGUCGGUCAUUGUUCCGCUCGUCGCGGCCGCGUUGGCGGAUGGGGACAGCGUGGUCCGCGUCGUGGUGGCCAAGCCACAGGCGAGCCAGAUGACGCACAUGCUUGUGGGAAGAUUGGGGGGUUUGGUGAAUCGGAGGGUAUUUUAUCUGCCGAUUUCGAGAUCGGUGCAGCCGUCGAUGGACGAUGUUGAGACUCUGAGGGGAAUAAUUAAGAAGUGUAGGACGGAAGGCGGGGUGCUGCUUGUUCAGCCGGAACAUCUGCUUUCGUUCAAGCUCAUGGGGAUUGACAAGAGCGGGACGGAAGGGGAGGGGGAAAAUUCGUUGGGAAGGCAAAUCACGCGGCUGUACAAGGACUUCGAGUCCGUCUCCCGCGACAUUGUCGAUGAGAGCGACGAGAACUUCAGCAUCAAGUUCGAGUUGAUCUACACCAUGGGGUCGCAGGAGGCGGUUGAGAUGAGCCCCGACAGGUGGAUUCUGAUUCAGGACCUUCUCCUCAUGACAGAGAAUGUGGCUCGCAGGUUGAUGGCACCGAGCGCGCUGGGAUCAAGCGUGUCUCAGAGCCUGCUUCUCGAAGACGACGCCGUUCCAGGACGAGUUCCCAAGAUCCGCGUGUUGGAGGAGUCUGGAGGCCAGCAACUCAUCACGGCCCUUGCGAAUGAGGUGUGUAGCAUCGGCAUCACGGGUCUGCCAGCCCACCACCAGACUGAGGACAUGCGGCAAGCAGUUCUGAACUACAUCCUGCUCGAACGCCCAUCAGAGACCGACAUCGAGAUGGUUCAGAACACCGAUACGGGCUUCUUCAGCAACUCAACCACCAAAGCGGCCCUCUCGCUUCUCCGCGGCCUCCUCGCCAAGGGCGUCCUCCUGUUUGCCCUGGGGCACAAGCGGCACAGGGUCAACUACGGCCUCGCCCCGGACCGUCGGCCGCCGACCAUGCUAGCCGUGCCGUACCGCGCCAAGGACAUGCCCUCUGCACGAUCUGAGUUCAGCCACCCCGACGUCGUCAUUGUGCUGACGUGCCUGAGCUACUACUACGGCGGUCUGUCUCACGCCGAACUCUACACGUGCCUGGAGCUGCUAGCCAAGUCGGACCGGAGCGAGGAGGAGUUUUCAGAAUGGGCAGCCAAAUCCCCAACCCUACCUCCGUCGUUUCGCCACUUUUCUGCAAUCAACCUCAAAGAUCGGCCCCAGUGUGAGGGCGAGGUCUUUCCUGGGCUGAAAUAUUCCCGGCCAGUCGUCGACUUCUACCUCCGGAGGGUUGUGUUUCCCAAAGAACUGAAGCAGUUUCCCUCCAAGCUCUCGGCAUCGGGCUGGGACUUGGCACGGUGCAAAGAGCAGCCCCUGACGGGGUUCAGCGGCACGAACGACUCCAAAUGCGUUCUUCCGCUGUCGAUCCAGGCUCUCGAUCUCCAGCCGCACACCAACGCCUCGGUCCUCAGCACCCUGCUGCGUGAGGAGAACAUGGUCCUGGAGCUGGGUGACAAAGGAGCGUCGCAGCUCACAGCCUUGACGGAAAAAAUGCUUCUCGGUGCGUUGGCCAGUUCAGACCCGGAGAUCCGUGUUGUCCUCGACGUUGGGGCCCAGAUCAUCGAGAGCAGCAACUUCCAGAUGGCCAAGAGCCUGCUCGGCAACGCUCCCACGAGCAGCACUGACGCGGCCAUCUUCUUCAACGACAACGACGAGCUCUCGGUCCUCACCCGCAACGGCGUGGUUGACUCGUUUCUCACAUCGCCGUUCGCCGCCCACACGGAUCGCUGCCUCGUGUUCCUCGACCAAGCGCACACCCGCGGCACCGACCUGAAACUGCCUGACAACUACCGCGCCGCCGUAACGCUUGGCCCGGGGGUUACCAAAGACACGCUCGUGCAAGCGUGUAUGCGGAUGCGCAAGCUCGGCCAGGGGCAGUCUGUCAGCUUCAUUGUGUCCCCCGAGAUGCAGAAGCGCAUUCGAGGCCUGCGCAACAUCACGGACGGUCGGCCGCUCGCUGUCUCAGACGUUCUCGCCUGGGCCAUCUCGGAGGCGUGGGACGAAACAGUGCGGAGCGUGCCCCUGUGGGCGACUCAGGGGGUCCGCCACCUCCGCCAAGAGGCUAUCUGGAAAGAGACAGACACAACAGGGGGGUUCACUCGCUCCAGCGUCAAGGAGUACCUCGAGCCCGACGCCAUGUCCCUGGAGCAGCGCUACAGCCCGGGGCCAGCCACAAAUCACGACACCAUCACCACCCUGAUGGCAAGCCUCAACUUGGACGCCGAGCCCAGCCCAGAGGACACCGAGCUCGCCGCGAUCAAGACCAAGCUGCUAGCCUUCAGGCAUUCCACCCGCACCUCUUCCUCCACUUCCCCAACCCUCCAAGAAGAGCAGGAGCGCGAGCUCGCCCCAGAGAUUGAACAAGAGCGCCAAGUCUGCCGCCCCCCGCCGCGCAAAGCCCGCGCCCACAACCUCCACGCGGACGUCGUCCUCCUCGCGCGCACCGGCACCAUCAGCGCCGGCAGCUCCGCCUUCGUCCCGGCCUUCACCACCCUCUCAACCACCAGCGCGGCCGCCCUCUUCGCGGCCGACCUCUCCGCCUUCCCCACCGACCUCCUCGCCACGCGCGACUUUGCCCUCACCGUCGAGUUCAGCCAGAAGAGACACGACACCGACCCCUACCUCUCCGACGCCCACCAGCGCCCAGUGCAAUGGCUCCUCCUGACCCGCCCCUCCACCGACCCCGACCACUCCCGGACGAUGGUUAUCAUCAGCCCGCACGAAGCCGCCCUCCUCAAGGCCACUCUCGCGUCCUCCACCUCCCCCGUCUCCCUCCACGCCUACCACCCCCGCCUGACCCUCUCCCACCGCACGAUGGAACACCUCAACACCUACACAGUCCCCGCAUGCGCCUCCACCUGGCGCCCCCCCCCAGACUCCCUCAUCACGCAGCUCAACCUCUUCGCGGGCCAGCUCUACUUGCGCAACUACGCCGAGUACGUGCGGAUGUGUCGGUACCUGGGUCUGUCGUACACCAAGAACAGCGGGGAGGAGAAGGUGGGACAGGAUGGGUUUGUUGGGAAGGGGGUGAUGUAUCCGGAGUGUGGGCUUGGGACGAGUCCGGUGGGGUUUUUGAGGGGGUUGGUUGGGGUGAGGAGGGAUUGCGCUGGGGUGGAGAGAACGCAUAUGGGGAGGGUGUUGAUGGGGGGUGUUUUGGGGAUUGGGGAUUUUGAGGAAGGG